GUUCUAAAAAUAUAAAAACUCUCGUAGAAAUCAUAACAAACAACAGUUUGACACGGAUAUAAAAGGUCAUUUGAACUCAAGAAACAAACAAGCAAUUACACAAUCACUGAUAAACAUUUAGGCUUUGAGUGGAAUCUAUAUACUGGAUGAAAAUGCUUUAUUUGCUCGAUUAUAGACGAAAGAAUCACAAAUAAUCUUUCAGAAAAUAGGCAACUUUUUCGAUCAAGAUAUAGAAAUAAGAGCCAAGCAUUAGGCCAUUCAAAUGUGAAAUAUGACAUACCAAACUAGUUUUUUAAAGCAGUUAAAUAGAAGGGAAAUUUUGGGAUCUACUAACACAGAAUUCCAACGUGAGAGCCAUGUCACGCCAGAUCUUACUCUCCGUAUUGGUCUUGAAAAGGAAUUAGAGGGCCACACAGGGUGUGUCAACUGCUUGGAAUGGAACCAGUCAGGAAGCCUGUUAGCCAGUGGCUCAGAUGAUAUGCAAGUUAUUGUAUGGGAACCUCUCCACCACAGAAAGCUAACUGCAAUACACACUGGACACAAUGGCAAUAUAUUCUCUGUCAAGUUCUUGCCCAACACAAAUGAUGGCCUAGUGGUGACAGGGGCUGCAGACUGCAAGAUCAGGGUUCAUGACCUCAAGUCUAAGGAGACUACCCAAGUGUUCAGCUCACAUGCUGGCAGAGUGAAGCGGAUUGCAGUUGCCCCCACUGUGCCAUUCAUGUUCUGGAGUGCAUCAGAGGAUGGUACCAUUAUGCAAUUUGAUCUAAGAGAGCCUGAGCUUUCUUCUGGAACAUCUCCACGUAAUGUCCUGGUGAAUCUUAAUGCCCACAUGGGAUCACAUGCUGAAGCCAAGUGUCUUGCAAUUAACCCUCUCAGGCCUGAGCUGCUGGCUGUUGGGGCAAAUGACCCAUAUGUCAGGAUUUAUGAUAGGCGUAUGCUGGCCUGUAAAAUGAUUCAGUUCCCCAGUGAGAGGAUGUAUGGUAACCAAGCUCAAACAAUGUCCCACAUGUCACCUGAAGACUUUGACAUACCAACUACUGCUGUCAGCUAUUAUGUUGCAGGUCAUCUUCCCCAGAAGCAGCAGGACUACAAGAAGCGCUAUAGAACUCUUGCCUCCACGUAUCUCACCUUUAGCCCAGACGGCAAUGAGCUCCUAGUCAACCUUGGCGGAGAACAGAUCUACAUGUUUGAUAUCAACAGAAGGCAACUACCACAAAAGUUUAAUAUGCCCAGAAUGCCUAACACCAAUGGAUUCGUUAAAGAAGCAGCAGCUACGCAGAAUGGAUUCACUUCUUCAAGAAAUGGCACUAAUGGCACAACCAAUGGGGUGUCACGUCACAUUCAAGAAUCAACCAAUGGCGUGCUAGCACACAUUGAUGAACCAGUAAAAGCUAAAAGGUAUAAAUAUCGGAGUGAUAAAGUGCUGCCACCGAAUGUAGAGGUUAUAAAGCAGCAAGCAAAUAGUGUUUUUGAACACCAGAACUACACUAGCGCCAUCAUGCUGUACAACAGAGCAAUCGCCAUGGUAUCAGACUCUGCUAUCUUGUUUGGGAAUCGUGCAGCUGCAUAUUUGAAGCGAGCCUGGGAUGGCGAUGUAUAUGCUGCUCUAAGAGACUGCUACUCAGCCAUCCGCUUGGACCCCACCCACUUAAAGGCUCACUUUAGAUUAGCCAGGUGCCUCUAUGAACUUGCCUGGACCAAGGAGGCCCACGAUUGCUUAGCAAUGUUCAAAGAAAAGUUUCCUGACUAUGCUAAAAGUCCUGCAUGUGAAGCAUUAGAUAAAGACAUUACAACUGACAUAGCUGAACAAUCAGAUGAGAAAGAGAGUGCUAAGAAAGACACUGAGGAGUCACCUAGCUCAUCCCGACAGAAGAAGGAAGUUGUGUCCAGUCAGGAACUAGCAUGGCAAAAGAUGGCAUUUGAUUAUGACUCAAGAUUCUGCGGACAUUGCAAUACCACAACAGAUAUAAAAGAAGCAAACUUUUUUGGCAGUAAUGGCCAGUAUAUAGUUGCUGGCUCAGACGAUGGCUCAUUCUUCAUAUGGGAGAGAAAAACAACAAAUAUUGUGAGAGUGCUUCGUGGUGACGAUUCCAUUGUUAACUGCCUUCAGCCACACCCUAGUUACUGUAUCCUAGCAACCAGUGGGAUAGAUCCUGUCGUUAGGCUCUGGACUCCACAACCAAUUAAUGUUCUCAAUGACCGGAUCGUUGACAAUUCUGAUGAUGCUGCUUCAGCCAAUCAGAAACGUAUGAAUGCAGAUCCCUUAGAAGUGAUGUUAAUGAACAUGGGUUAUCGCUAUCAAGGAGCCCUAGAUGGGGAAGAGGAGGAAGGGAGGGAAGGGGCAGUGCAAUGUAGACCUAGCUAGAUACCUUAUUGUACAAGGAGUCUUUAUGACAUAUUUUAAAACAAUCAUAAAGAUCCAUUGAAAUUAAAUUUUUGUACAAUAUAAUAUUUUCCUUUUAUAACGGUUAAUAAUUCCUCAUGUCCUUUCUAUGAAAAGUCUAUAUUUCUAAAGUGUUACGAUUAUUUGUAGUCAUUGGCAGUGUUCUCUGAAGAAAUCUAUAAGAGAAAUGCAACAUUUCAAUCAUAUCUGGGACGGGUAGUUCAAUUGUUAUACCACUACCCAAUGUAUGUAUACCCAUGUAAAACACCUAGUUUUGUGGGAGGUUCUGGGAAUGAUAUGUUUAUGUGCAGUAGAAAAUUGUUAUAGAUUUAGCUUUCUACAUGUACAAUAUAAAAUAAUGUAAAAUAUUGUCACACAUGUAGGUCCAUAUCUCUCGCAAGCAAACAAUUAUAUGUUAACUGUAUGUUGAACAUAUAAAAUAUGUUAUUUUAAUAAAAGGACAUGGGGAGAAUUUAAGAAAUGUUAUAUUAUGUACUUUCUAUGUGGCUGAUGAUAAUAAGAUCUCACGAUUGGUCUAAUUGCUAGUAAGAUCUCUCAUGAUUGGUCAAAUGUUAGUAUGGUCACUCAUGAUUGGUCAAAGUUAUUGCAAACAAAUCUUACUAGUCUGAUUCCAUCUGCUCUCAGCUGAAGUGUGGCUUAUCCUCUCUAAUGCCAAGCUAGCUCACAUAAGUCCAGAUUCAUUGGACUGCGCCUGUACGAUUGA